AUGGCCGACACUAUAGAAGCUUCAUCUAAUAUUGCAACUUCAUCUAAUCCCCCUCGACAAGGACCAAAACGAGGUCGAGGAGGACGUUUCCGACAAGCUCCACGUGAAGGAGGAGCUGAAAUCGCAGCAGGUAAUCAAGAUGCUGCACCUCAGAUGAACCCGAGAGGAGGACGUCGAGGUUUCAACGGAAACAGGCGCGGAAAAGCUCAAAAAGAAGGUUUGGAUAUUGAUAAAUUUAUAGUUUUUCAACGAAAACGUUUUCUAGGGCCAUCUGGAAGACAACCACAACCAAAGCCUCUUCAUGCUUUUAAUCCAAAUGCGCCGGUAUUCAAUCCAUCUGUUCCACCACCAGAACUCCCUGCAAGUACCACUGAAGGGCCUUCGAAUCAGAAACGACAAAAUCCGAACCCAAGACGUCGUGGUGGACAGGGUGGACAGCAAAAUGAGCAGCGUCGUCAGCUCGAAAUACAAGAAGGUCGACAGCCAAAUAGAAAUCAAUCAGGACCAAAUCGGCCGGAUAGAAGAGAGGAGAAUAGAAGAGGAGCUCCUGGAAACUACAGAAGAGGACAGGGAGCUCGCCGACGAGAACAGAAAGAAGAGCAGCUUACAGAGGAAGAGACAGCGAUGCUGGCAGACAAACCUCUCAGAGAGCGACUCGUCUAUAUGCUUGAAAAUAAUAAAUACGAGUGUGCAAUUUGCUACACAAGAAUCACGACGAGACAAGGAGUCUGGUCAUGUAAGACUUGCUAUCACAUUUUCCAUAUUUCAACGGGAUGUAUCACGGAUUGGGCGAAAUCUAGCAGAGAUAAGGAGGCAGGAUCCAACACAUGGAGAUGUCCAACUUGUCAGACCGAGAACGAGACUAUGCCGUAUAACUAUUACUGUUUCUGUGGCAAACAGAGGAAUCCAAACUUCCGAGUCGGAGAAGUCCCGCACAGUUGUGGUGAAAUAUGUGGAGGAACCCGAAAAUUCGGAUGCCCUCACCCAUGUAACGAGUUGUGUCACCCGGGACCAUGCAGCGAAUGCAAGUUGUAUGUAACAAAGUCUUGUAAUUGUGGCAAAACCAAAAAGAGUGUGAGGUGUGGAUCCGGACAAAGUGUUUUGGUACGUUCUUCAUUUCUUUAUGAUAUUUUGAUUCGAAUUUUAAAAUUUUGUUUUCAGUGCGACACAGUUUGCGGAAAGACUCUUCCUUGUGGACAGCACACAUGCGAAAAAAUAUGUCAUUCUGGAGAAUGCGGCGAUUGUACUGUGGUCCUUGAACAAGAAUGCUUCUGUGGAAAGAAGCCAAAAGAAGUGGUUUGCAACCCGACGGCUUGUCAAAAAUACUCUUGUGGCUCUGAAUGCGAUGGAAUGUUCUCGUGUGGAGUCCAUCGUUGUACCAAAAAGUGCCACGGUAAGGAGUGUGGUGAUUGUGAGACGGGAGUCAACAGAAUUCGAACAUGUCCAUGUGGACGGAACAGUCUUCAAUCCCUUGGAAUUGUUAGAGAAAAAUGCACGGACAAAGUUCCGACUUGUGAUUCGAUAUGUGACAAAUGGCUCACUUGUGGAACUCCGGGGAAGAAUCAUCGGUGCAGGGAGAAAUGUCACGAAGACCAAUGUCCGCCAUGUAACCUGAAUACUUCUGUAGUUUGUCGCUGCGGAUCUUCGAAAGGAGUUAUUCUAUGUGAAGAGUAUUUGGAGAUCAUGAGAACUAGUGAGUUUUGGGGGGGGGGGUUCCAGUGGAAAACUAAACGUAAAUUUUCAGCUGGCGAAUAUCUGUGCACGAAACGAUGCCGGAAGAAGAAAUCCUGUGGAAUGCACAAAUGUCAAGAAGUCUGUUGCAUUCAGGAUGAGCAUUACUGCCUUCAAAUGUGCAACAAACGACUGUCCUGUGGAAUACACACCUGCGAGAACGUUUGUCAUGCCGGACAGUGUCGUCCUUGUCUUCAAGCAAGCUUCGACGAACAGUUCUGUCACUGUGGACACACUGUUCGAAUGCCACCGAUUCCCUGUGGAGCUCGUCUUCCAGUAUGCUCUCAACCGUGUGUCCGACCACAUUCUUGCGAUCAUCCAGUCAAUCAUAAAUGCCACGGAGAACCAAAUUGUCCUCCUUGCACACAUCUAACGGAUAAAACUUGCUAUGGAGGGCAUACAGUUCGCAAGAACAUACCAUGCCAUAUUCAAUCUGUAUCCUGCGGAGUUAUCUGUCAGAAGCCGUUGAAAUGUGGUGUUCACGUUUGCCAAAGAACCUGCCAUGGAGACGAAUGUGAAAAGGAAGGAGAACAAUGUACAAAGAAGUGUGAAGCGAUUCGAGAGCGUUGUGAACAUCCAUGUGGUCUACCAUGUCAUAAAGACUCGCCAUGUGAGCCAAGUCCUUGCAAAACGAACGUUCAAAUUACUUGCGAAUGUGGAAGGCUCAAAAAAGCAGCACCAUGUUGCGAAGUAGACAAACUGAUUGAAGCGAAACAGGAGAAGGAGGAAACCGAGAAAUCAGGAGAUUCUGGAGAUUCUGGAGACCAGGAUAAGCCUGGAAAACUUGUCAGAUCAUCAAGCUUCUCUCAACUGAACUGUAUGAAGUGUGACGACGAUUGCAAGAAGCUGGAGAGAAAUCGAAAGGUGGCUGAAGCUCUAGAAGUCGAUACCGAUGAGUAUGGAAUGAACAAACUGACGCCUACUAUCUCUUUCCCUUGCUAUCUGAAAGCUAUGGUUCGAGCAAACAUAGAUUUCGUCAAAAAUGUUGAAAAGGUCUUUAUUGAUCUUGUUAUCAAAGUGCUAAGCGGAGAAGCUUAUCAUGACGUCUUCCGUGCACACCUCCCCCCUAUGAGCAUUGAAAAACGUCGUUUCGUUCAUGAAUACGCCAAUUUCUUCAAUAUCGUCUCUGAAAGUGUCGAUAGUCCACCGAAAAGAAGCAUUGUGCUGACAGCAGUACGUGGAAAGUCACAUCAACCACUAAUUCUCAUCAGCGACCUUGUCAACUACAAGGGAGCUUUGAAGGCUCCAGGUCCAGCUGUGGUCCGUAAGGAUUUAAUGGAUCAAGCCAUGAGCAAGAAGGAGGAAUCGGAAGGCACAAUGAAGCCGUUGAGAUGUACGGAGAAAAUGGUGGUGAGAAGAGAAGCUCGUCCGAUGAAGGAAAUUGCUGCACCAAUUCCACUGAAGCAACAGAACCAGUUCGCUCUACUAGGAAGCGAUGUGGAUUCUGAUGACGAAGAAUCUAAGCCGACAACUAGUGCUGCUGCUGGAAGUUCGCCUCCAAAAGACUGGUGGAACGAUGAGGAAGAGCCGGGAUGGCAAAAAGUUCAACAGAAGGAAUUUGUUGUGGAAGUUGAACGAGACAUGACUGAGGAGGAAAUCGAAGCGGCGAAGCUGAUAGAAGAAGGACCAACUUGGGAAGACCAGGCUGAUGAGGAUUCUCCUGGAGUUUCUACUGCAGAAGCAGCUACUCCAACUGAACCAUCAAUAGUGAAGAACCCAGAAUAG